AUGGAGGGCUUACACCCCGAACAUCGGGCAGUGGUGCCAAGAUUUAGAUGGUCUUCAAGUGUCAGUUCUUCCAUUCCGAGUGAUGAAUAUCGUGUAUGACGGGGCCAAUAAAGUAAGCCGCAAUUCUCUCUGUUUUUCUUCGUAGACUAACAGUACGUUGAGUAAGCCAUAAUAUUAAGAAAUCACAAGAUGAGCAGUCGCAAAGUUACAGUAAAAGCGCAUGUUUUACAUCAGGCGCCAUGUGAACCACGCCUCCCCUGGCUCUUCCUGCUCGUCCCCUUAUUCGGACAAGAACGAGCGAGGGCCAUGAGGUUUGAAGGGUUCUGAGUGUCCCACCUUUCUGGGUGAACGUAACAUUGACCUGUCACUCGAAGGAUGGCAAAAUCCAAGCUUUCAUCUGCCCUCUCCAAAGGAUAUAGCUCGCCUUGUGAAGACUACCAUUCUCUCGGUGUCCCUUGAGACUUAACUUUCUUGUGAUAUCUCUACUGGUAAUGUUUGUAGAUGUGACAUUAUCAACAUUGCAUCAGGUUCAUGGAGGCCUCAGCUUCUGAGGGACAAGAUCAGAGAUGCUGGCUCGGCGUAGAGCUCCUUGAGAGGCAACUUCACCAGCUGGGGUAGGACUGCAAGCUGGAAGGGAGUGCGCUCGCCGUGGAAACGACGAUGUUGAUGGCGUCAGGAGACAACUGGCUGGCUGGCUGGGCGACGAAAGCUGA